AUGUUGCUUGGCUUGAGUCAUUGUUAUUACAGGUCGAUGACCGAACGAGAUGACUUCAGUGAAUUAGUGGCAAGUGCAAAAAAUGCUUGUAAAUGCCAGUCGUUCAUAUUCAAUGGUAGAAUUCGUCAUGGAAUUAAAGCCGAAAAAGUAGAAGAUCGUCUCCUGUGCAUGGAUGCUGUACGUGUUUAUAUUCUCUCGAUUAAACUACCUGUCAAAGUUACAAUCGAGACAGAUGAUGAUAAAAAAAACUUUUUAUAUUCUUAUAACGACAAAUCAAAUUUGCAAUCAUUUUUAAUCACGUUAAUUCGUUCUUAUCGUUUUAUCUAUUCUAAUUUGAUAUCAGGUGUACUGAUCAAUUUAGAAAUUUAUCCUGAUUUAGAACGUAAAGAAUUAAUUCGUCAAGCAAAUGAAUUUUUUUUAACUUCAAACGCUGACGACUUUCGACCAUGUGGUGGUUACUCGUUGAUGUAUAUCUGUUCGUGUGAUCAUUUUGGAAUACAUCCAGAACAAGCAGUAAUUGAUAUUGUCGACACAAUAUUUACACAAAGAUCAUCGAGAGAAUUUACAUCGAAAGAAUUCGAACAGAUACCACAAAAAGAGUGGAGACCAAUCAUCAGUGCUUUAACAUACAACAAUUGGUUUAAAAAAUUAACAAUUGAAAACAUUAAGUUAAGUUCUGAUUCAAUUAAUGAACUUGUUACAGUUCUCCGUUUAUCAGAAUCCAUAAAAGAAUUACGUUUGAUAAAUUGUGGUCUUCGAAAUGAUUUCAUCUCUAAAUUAGCUCAAUUUUUUCCCCAAAGUAAAUUUGAACAUUUUGAUCUUUCGCAUAAUUCAAUUGACGACAAAAGUCUUAUUCAGUUAAGUGAAAAAUUACAACAACGAAAAAUUCCUUUAAUAACAUUAAAUUUCACGUCAUGUAAUCUAACUCAUAAGAGUGUUCAUCUGUUUAAUACAGCAUUAUCAAAUAAUCCGUUAUUAUCGCGUACAUUAACAUCGGUGAACUUUUCCGGAAAUAAACUCAAAGAAGAAACGGAUAUUACAGUUUUAUUUUCUAAUGAGAAUAAUAUUGAAGAAUUACAAUUGGGUGAUAACGAGUUUAAUGUAGAAAGUUUAGUUCAUGCACUGUCAGUAGUUGACACGUCAAAACUUCGUCGUUUUUCCAUAAUUAAUUCUAUGGCCAAAUCAACGCCAGUAACAUCCACAUCUUCAAAUGGAUUCGUAAAAACGUUUUUUCAAAAAACAUCUUUACAACUUGUACAAUUGAUCAAUACGGAUCUCUCUAAUGACUUUCUUCGAGAAAUUUGUGACGGUUUACAUUCCAAUAUUAAUUUGGAAAAACUUGAUUUACGUUUAAAUGGAAAUAAUUUAGAAGUGUUUAUACGUGAUUAUGCAGCCAGAUUUGCGAGCAUUCCAAGUUUAGUAUCACUUGAUUUAACAAAUUGUGAUUUGGACAAUGAGCUACCACAUUUUCUAUUUGAAUUAAAGAAAAAUCGUAAAUUAAAGUCAUUAAAUAUUGGAAGAAAUUUCAAUUCAAUAAAAUCAAAAAACUUCCCCAAAACAAUUCAUGCCAUGAAAGAAUUACUGGCCGAAAGUAAUUUGGAGGCAUUUCACAUUCCUGAGUCAAAACUACGCGAAGCAAACACCGGUGAUUUACUUUCUGUGCUUAUGAAUAGUCCCCCACUGAAACUGCUUGAUAUUCGUGGUAAUCAAAUGCUUGAUCAUGGCGCACGAAUACUCAGUCAUGUUUUACAACAAAAUCGCCAUUUGCACACAGUAUAUUUUGAUCGAAAUUCUAUUUCACUGAAUGGCUUCGAGGAGAUAGUAAACGCAAUGGAAGGAAAUUAUGCAAUUCGUUAUCUGCCUAUACCUGUCAACGAUAUUAUAGCGAUGAAAAUCAAUGAAAAAGAUAAUAGAAUAUCGUCACUUAUGACUAAACUCGACUCGUUCUGUAUACGUAAUCAAAAUUCGACACAAUAUUCUUCUGAUGCUUUAGAGAUUGCGGCAUUAGCUGGUACAAGUAGAGAAGCACAGACUUGUUGGGAAAAUCAACAACAAUUAUGCGGUGAUUUUGCAUCAAUGGAAUAUGCAAAUUCAUAUGGCACAUCUGCGAACGAUUUACGUGCAACUAUAGCAAAAAUGACAAGAAUAGCUAAAAUACCAUCUCAAUUAUUUGAGUGCUAUAGUGAGGAGGAAAAAAAACUGCAAAAUGAAUGUGAAAAAAUGUGUCUGUCAUUACAAAAAUUAGUAAAAGAACAUAAUGAGCGUUUAUCGAAAAAAUUCUAUCAAAUAUUUAAAGAUCAAUCGUCGUUCAAUUAUGAUGAUAAAUUUCAAGAACAAAUUCGUACUUAUUUUCAAAAUUCAAAUGAAACAACUGAACAUUUACUAAAAACAGAAGUAAUCGAUAAAUUAUCAACAUGUUUACGUGAAUGUUACAUUAGUGUGGCAACAUGUGUACAGAAACGGGCUUUUGAUACUACAAAUAAGCAAGCUAUGGAUAUGCAUCGCGACAUGGAAGCUGCAACAUUUCAAGGAAGACAAAAUAUUACUGACAAUAACAACAACAAUCAAAAUCAUUCAAAUCAUUUAGGUAGAAUAGCUAUUGAUCGCUUGCUGUCACGUAAUGCUAUGUUUCGACGAAUGGGAGAUGCUUCUAAUUGUGUUGCUUUUGAUCAUUCUGCUUCUUAUCGGUUGAAAAAAGCUGAUUCUGUUGAGUCAUUAGACACAACAAAAUCUAAACGUACGGUCACACAUCCACAAUAUGAUACAAAUAGUGCAGGGGAUUUAGGUAGUGGCGAUCAACGUUCAUAUUCCAAUACCAAUGUAUCAUCAUCACCAAAAUUGAAUGUAUUAAAAAAAUCGAUAGUUGUGAACAAUGAUGAACAAAUAGAGGGAACGCCUCUCACGACUGAUCCCAUUUAUGGAAACGUAAUUAAUUAUCGAACAAAACAAAGUGCACAAUCACCUAGUGGCAUUCUUGACGAAGGUGGUAUUAUUGAACAUGAUCUGUUGGAUCUAGUUGCCAAAGAACAGGAAAAAGAAGCAAUUUUAAAAAGUCCUGCAACACGUAAAAAACGAUGUGAACCACCACCAGCAUUACCGAAAAAAGACGGCAUUCUUCUUAAACGAGCUCCCGUUUCAAUUCCAACAACAUCCGUAACAAAUUUAGAUGUUGAAAUUGAAUCAGCGCAAAAAUUAGAACAUACAAAUCGUCCUCGCCGACAAAAUGUUCGCCGACCAAUAAAACGUUCAGUGAAUGGCGCCAUCGGAAGCAAUGAAAGCUCAUCUGAUGGCUUAAUAACUGAUGAUGACGAGAUUAUGAUAAGCGAAUCAGCCAAUUUGGUUGUACAGCAAACUGAACCACCGCCUUCAUCUUUAGAGGCAUCGAUUAUUACAGAUCAACCAAAAUCCGCACUCAAAACAAACGCACCACGUGAUAAAUUAGAUGAAUUAAAACAGCCUCAACUAUCACCACAAGUUCAACUUCGAUCAUCCAUCAUUUUAACUGGAUCUGCAAACAAAAAGGAUAAUAAUGACAAUGUAUUAUUAUUACCAGUGGGUUCCGCUCUGACAAAUAUAGGCAAUGCAUCGUUAACAAAAGCACCUAACUCGACAAGUUCAACAUUAAUGUCAACAUCUCUUAUUAAUAAUGAUAUAACACGAGCAGUGUCCACAGAUAACGAUAAUGAACAAAUGAUACGUUCAGCUCAUGGGGGUUUAUCAUUAAUCGAUGAAAAUUCAUCAUCAGAACCAUUAUCUCCUCGCCCUUCUACUCUCAUUCGACCAAGACUUCCACCUGGUGUUCCUCGUGUAUUGCCUUUAGAUACCGAUGUUCCACCGGUUCGUUUAAGACAUAUUCAAUCAGAAAAGAAAGCUCCGCCUAUUGUCUCACCGUCAUUACCAACAUCAUCGCAAAGCUCUGCAGUACUAGAUGAGUCAAGUAAAAACGAAUCGUCUGAUAUAAAUAAUGAACAGUAUAAACGUUUAUCAGUAAAAGAACGUGCAAGAUUAUUAACAACAAGCAAUAAUAAUAAUAGCCCAACAACACCGAUUGAUCCGAAAAAACAAAAUUCAACAACGGGUAAGUGA